AUGACACCUGAUCUACGUACCGAGGGCUGUUUUCAGGGCAAUAAGAAUCAGGUGAAAAGAUUACAGCAGCAACGCUCGGGACUGCUGAGGCGAAUGAUCAAAUCCACGGACAGCCGGCUGAAACCUGCGGACCGUUCCGCAGCGAAACCGAAGAAAAAGCGCGACAGCGAUGAACCAAAGCUAAUCGAACGUCCACAAGGCAGUUCGGCAAUGUUCUUCCAAUACAACACACAGCUAGGACCACCGUACCACGUACUGGUUGACACGAAUUUCGUCAACUUCAGCAUCAAGAACAAGCUGGACAUUAUCAAAACCAUGAUGGACUGUCUGUACGCGAAAUGUAUACCAUACAUUACGGACUGUGUGGUGGCCGAGUUGGAGAAGCUGGGACAGAAGUACAAGCUAGCUCUCCGGAUCAUAAAAGAUCCACGCUUCGAGCGGCUGCACUGUUUGCACCGGGGUACGUACGCCGAUGACUGCCUAGUACAGCGAGUCACCCAGCACAAAUGCUACAUAGUGGCCACAAACGAUAAGGACCUGAAACGUCGCAUUCGUAAAAUUCCCGGUGUGCCGAUCAUGAACGUGGCCGUAAAUCGGUACGUUAUCGAACGAAUGCCGGACGCUUUCGAGCCGAUGACGUCAAAGAAGUGA